AUGGAGAAUAAUGAAAUUAUAGAAAACGUUCCUGACUAUACUAUAACAGAUGAUUUGAAAAAAGAUGAAAAUGUAUUAGUAUAUACAAAAUACGAAUUAUUAUAUGCUUAUAUAGAACUUAUAAUAAAUGGAAAAGAUCUAGGAAAAGAUCAUAAUAUACCAUUAUGUAGUACUUCAUUUAAAAUAGAAGAUGUAGACGAAAAUAAAAAAGAGAUGAUAGAAUAUGGUGAUAAUAAUGAACUAAUAAAUAAUAAUGAAAUAGAAAAAGAAGGGCUUGAUAAAUUUGAUCGAUAUAAAAAUAAAAAUGAUUUUUAUAAUAGAGACAAUUUUAUAACCAGAAGUCAAAUAAAUGAAUCAUUUAAUUCAAAUAACACUUUAAAUAAUGUUAAUAAAAGAAAUAACAAUUUAUUAAAAAAUCAAAAAUUUAUUAAAAAUAAUGAUUUAAAAUAUGUUGAAGCAAAUAUACCUCCUAUGAACCAACAAUUCAAUAAUAAUGACCAUGUUACAAAUAACAUGACCAUAUAUGAAAAUUUAGAUAAUAAUAAAAAUACGUUUUUUAAAAAAAAUAAUUUAAAUAAUGAAAAUACGUACAAUAAUAAUACCACAAAUUCUAAUCAUUUAGGAAAUAAUAAUAAAAAAAUCAUUUGGCGAAAAAAUGAAAGAGGAAUAGGGGCUGGACCCGUAUCUUGGCGAUUCGGAAAAAUAAACUCUGAUUCACAAAUUGGAAAUAAUAACAAUGUCAAUAACAGUGGCAGUGGCAAUGGCAAUGACAAUACCAGCACUAAUGGCAACAUUUCCAAAACCGACUUAAAAAAUUCAAAUAAAAGCUACAAUAACGGGGCGGAGGAAAAUUGCCAGAUGAACGACACUUCUAUGUAUGCUAAAAAACAUAACAAUAUUAAAGAUAGAAAUAUAAAUAAUAAUAAGAGAGAAGAUAUGUGUAACGAUUUCGAUCUUGGCAAUAAUUUACCACACACUGAAAAUAGUAAUAGCAACAACAUUGGAAACAACAUUGGAAACACAUUAAGUAGUGUCCAAAAUUUAGGAACUGAUUCAAAUAAUCGAAUUAUUAACAAUUUGACAGAUAAAUAUAAUAAAAAGAAACAAAUAUAUCAAAACCCAGGAACAAAAUAUGGUAAUAACAAAAAUCAACAUAUUUUAAAUAAAAAUGGAUAUAAUAAUUUAGAUGGUUAUAUAUCUCAAAAUUAUAACACAGAAGUAGAUUAUAUGAAUUUAACGAAUGAAGAAUCAAAAUAUAAAAAAUAUAAAAUGUUUGGAAAUAAUAUGAAUACAGUUAGUAAUGAUUCUAUUAUCCAUGAUGAUAAUAAAAUAAAAAAUGGAUAUGAAUAUUUAUCUCCUAAUAUUACCAACAAAAAUAAUGAUCCCACAAAAUUAAACAUGUAUAUUAAUAAAAAGACGAUAGAUUCAAAUAAUAAAUAUCAACAUAAUCAGAUUCAUGCUCAACGACCAAAUGAAUGGGGUAAUGGAACCACAAAUGGAAUGUAUGGAAAUAAUAACAACUUUUAUUAUACAAACGGAAAUGUAAAUGCAAAAGUAGGAACCGAUUCUAACCAGAUGCAAAAUAGAACCACCAAUAAAGAAAGAAAAGGAGAAUAUAACAAUAGCAAUAACAAUAGCAAUAGCAAUAGCAAUAGCAAUAAUAAUAAUAAAAAUUUAGGAAAAAAUAUUCAAGAUGUAGAAAAUAUAAAUAAUGAUAAUAGAAAAAGUGGAAAAAAUAAUUCAAUUGCACAACAAAAUUUAUUUGAUUCUGGAAAAUUGCAAAAUAAUAAUUUUUCAAAUAAUAAUUCCUAUUUUGUUAAUAAUAAACACUUAAAAAAUGUUGAAAAAAAAAAUUCUAAAAAUGUUAUAGAAGAUGAUUGGAGUAAUAUUAGAAAAAAAAAUAUAGAAAAAAAUAAAAAGCUUACUGAUGAUUUAAUAUGGUAUAAAAUAAAUGAACAAUUUGAUUUGAGUAGUAAUAAAGGAGGUUCUAUUGGGCUAAUAGGAGGAAGUGUUGGAAUUAAUAAUUAUUCUCAAAAUGAAUUAAAUAAUUCUGAAAUUUUAAAAAAGAUUCCUAAUCAAUUAAAACAGAAUGAAAAUAUAAAAACAAAUGAUGAAAUGUCAAAUAACAUAGAUGUAAAUAAAAACAAAAAAGAAGAAGCAUCCACAAAUAAUAAUCAGCUACUUACAAAUAUUGAAAAAAAAAAAAAAGGAAAAAAAAAAGGAAAAAAUGAAAAGGAUAAAACAUCUAACGAAACCGAGAAAAUAAAUAAAACAGAUGAUGAUAAUAAUAAUAAUCAAAACAUGAAAAUAAAAAAUUCCUUGGAAAAUUUAAAUCCUAGGGAAACAAGUAAUGAUAACAAAAUAAAUAACAUUCAUAAAUUGUUUGAUAAUAAAAAAAAUUUAAAUUAUUUAUUAUCUGACAGUAAUGUUAAUAAGAUGUUUAUUAAUGAUAAAAAUAAUAUCAGUAAUAUUAGCAAUACUGUCAAUUUUCACAAUUUAAAUAGAUAUAAUAAUUUUAGUGAAAAAAAGGAAUAUAUUCUAAAUAAAUUAUAUAAUAAUACUAAUAAAAAUAAUUUACAGGGAUAUCAUAAGGAUUUAAAAAAUUCCCAUAUUCAAAAUCGAAGUUAUGGAAAUAUGCCACACCCUUAUUAUCAAUCAUUGGAAUAUCCGAAUUUUGAAAAUAAAUAUGAUAUAAAAAAAUAUAUUGAAAAAACAAAUUUUAUGGAUAAAUCUACAUCUACUAACAUUCAUUCUAAUGAUAAUAAUAAUCAUUUACAUUUUGAUUCAAAUGAUUCUUUAAAUAAUAUUAGAACCCAUCUUCCUAACAAAUCUCACAUAGAUGUAUCUACAAUAAUAAAUUCUCAAACUAACAAUCCAAAUUUUAAUUUUACAAAAUUUAGGACCUCAAAUACUACUACAGAUAUACCACACGAAAGUAUAUUGCAAAAAAUAAAAAAUAAAAAUAAUAAUUCUGAACAAAAAUUUAAUAACAAUCAUUCAAAUGGUAUAUCAUCAUCACAUCUAUCUAACAUACAUCUAUCACAAAAUAUUCAUGAUAAAUAUUCUUAUCCCUUUUCUAGAAACAAUGAAAUAAAUGAAAUAUAUAAUAAUACAAACAUUUCCUCAAUGAAAAAUAAUGUAUCUACAUCUAACUUAUCAAAUUUUAAUAUAAAACAAAAUGCACAAAAUAUACAAAUACAUAAUAAUAUUAACACUAUUCCGGAUUCAAAAAUAAUAUAUGAUAAUGUUAAAAAUAGAGAAAAUAAAAUGUUUAUAGAUGAUAAUAUAUAUACAGAUAAUUUUGAUAAACCAUCUAUGAAUCAAUCAAACAAAAAUAAUAACAUUUUUAUUUUUAAAAAAAUUAUGCAAAUAUUUAAUAUAGAUGAAAAAGCAUUUAAUAAUUUAACUGAAAAUAAAAAAAGAGAAUUAAUUACUCAAUUGAUGUUAGAAAAUUUUAAUUUGGCUAGUUCAGAAAAACAAAUAAAUGAUAACCAAAUGCAGAUUCAAAACAAUUUAAAACAUCUUAACAAUAAUCCUCUUUAUGUUAAUAAUAUAAAUGAAAAUACUACAAAUAAAUUAUCCUAUAUAGAUAAUAAAAUAAAUAUAAAUGAUUUUGAAACAAAAGAAUCUCAAUUUAAUUUGAUAAAUUCUAACAAUUCUACAUCUAUACCUUCAAAAUGUGUUGAAAAUAAUAAUAUACAAGCAGAUGUAGAAAAUAAUAAUAAUAAAAAAAAAUCUUUAAAUAUAAAUAAAUGGUUAAAUUUUAUCGGCAUUUCUAGUAAUAAAAAAAAUAAAGAUGCAUCUAAAAAUAUAUCAGAUAUAAACAACACAAAUGUAGAUGCAACUAUUCAAUGUUCUAAUCAAAAUGAUAUCAAUAAUUCGAAGAAUCGAAUCACAAUUAACAAAGAAGAAAUGGGUUCUGAUUCUACACCUUUUGAAAAUACUAAUAGAAGUAAAGAUAAUAAUUCUAGUCUUCAUAAUCAAAUGACAAAUGCUCAAAUUAAUUAUAUUAGAACCCAUUACACAUCUAAAGAUAAAAUAGAGGAUUCUAUUCUAUUACCAAAUGAACAACCAGAUUCUGAAAAACAUACUAAUGAAACGAAUCAAAUUCCAAGCGAUUCAAAACCGAGUUUAAAUAACAAUGUUGAUAUCUCAAGAUACAUAGAAAUAAUAAACAAAUUUAACAAAAUAAAAGGAGAUGUAUGGCAAUAUAAAGAUUUGUCAGGAAAUAUACAAGGACCAUUUUCAUCUGAACUUAUGUUUUUUUGGUGGCAUUCAAAUUAUUUUCCACAUGAUUUACCAGUAAGGUUUAGUCAAAAUAUGCAAUGGUUUAAUUUUAAUGAUCUAUUUCCUAAAGGUUCUAUGCCUUUUGUUAUUCCUUUUAUUUAUUUAAAAGAUAAUUUAUUUCAAAAUGAUAAUAAUAGUCAAAAUAGUUCAUAUAAUUUGCAUAUUAAAGAGAAUAAUAUUGUUACAGAAAAUGGUAACAUACAGAAUCGUAUGCAAAGUGAGCAAGGUUUUAUAAAUGAACAAGAUAAUGAACCCGUAGAAAAUUAUUCGAAUAAACAAUAUAAACAAUUUCUUAUCAAACAAAAAACAGAAAUAGAAUCAUUGCUAUUACAAGAAAAGAACCCACAACUAAUUGAAGAAGUUAAAAAGCAGCUUCAAGAGGUAAAUAAUUUGAUAGAAAAGGAAGAAAAGGAAGAAAAGGAAGAAAAGGAAGAAAAAGAAGAAAAAGAAGAAAAAAAAGAUAAAAAAGAUAAAAAUAGAAAUAAGAAUAAAAGUGAUGGUAAAAGUGUUGGUAAAAGUGAUGGUAAAAGUGUUGGUAAAAGUGAUGGUAAAAGUGAUGGUAAAAGUGAUGGUAAAAGUGUUGGUAAAAGUGUUGGUAAAAGUGUUGGUAAAAAUGGUGACACCGACAAUUCUCUUGCAUUUGAGCAAAACAAUAAUAAUGAACCGACUUCGACCCCUAACCAUUAUGAUAAUUCUAACGAUUUCUCAAAUGUUAAAUAUAAAAAAAUGUCUAAAAAAUUAGAAAACGAACAAUCUAAUACCCUCAAAACCAAUAACACUAAAUUUUCUGACCAAUUAGAUGUGGAUCAAAAAAAAAGAAACGAAACAAUAAUAGAAAAUACAAAUAAUCAAAAAAUUUUAGAUAAUAAAAGUGCUAAAAAUAGCGGUGAUAAUAAUACGCUAAAUUAUAUUAAAAAUUCUGCAUCUAAUCUCGAUACAUCUACGAACAUAGAAAAACGAAACGUUCAAGCCAAAAAUAAAAAUCAGAAAAAUGUGGCAAAUCAAAAUAGUGCAAUAAUAUCGAGUACAAACAAAAAAACUGAAAAAACAACAAAAAAUAAAGUGAAUAAAAAAAAUGAAAAUAAAUCGGAUAAGGGUGAGGAUAUUGGUGAUAAAAAGAGUGAAGAUAAAAAAGGUGAAGAUAAAAAGGGUGAAGAUGCAAAGGGUGAUGAUAAAAAAGGUGAUGAUAAAAAAAAAACCGAAAAAAUGAAAUGGAGUACAACUGGGGAAAGGAAAAUUGAAAAACUUGUAGAUAUUAUGAAAGGGGAAGAAACAAAAAUAAAUAUGCAAAUUAAAAUUGAAAAUUCAAAAAAAAAACAAGAAAAUGGAAAUAAUAAUAAAAAUAAUAAAAAACUUGGAUGGGAUGUUAAUAAUAUUCCAAAAAAUAAAAAAAAUACAGAUAACCAAGAAUUUCCAAAUUUAACUCAAGGUAUUUCAUCCAAACAAAAUAAAACAAAGCAACCAAAAAAUUCCACUCAAAAUAAUAAUAACAAUAAUAGCAAUAGUAGUAAUAACAAUAAUAAUAAUAGCAAUAGCAAAAAGGGAAAAAACAAAACCGAAGCUAACAAAAACGAAACGAAUGAUGAGACAAAAUUCCCCCCAAUUAUUUCUCCAAAGGGAAAUAAAAGUUCUAAUAAUAAAAAAAAGUCAAACAACGCAGAACAAAAGGAAAUAGCUGAUCUGAAGCAAUUAACGAAUUUAUGCAAAUUGCCACUUGAUGAGUCCUUAUUAAACUUUUUGAAAAAUUUCAAAAAAGCAGAAGAAAUAGUUGCAUUCCUCCAACACAGUGUUGAGGACAAAAAAAAACUCACACUAUUUUCAAAUGAGUUUAUUAAAAUAAAUAACAAAAUUAAUGCGAAUAAAAUAAAUGACGUAAAUAACAAAAAAACGAAAUAA